GAUCGCAGCAAACUCCAGCCAAAUGUUUAUGUUGAGAUUUAAAUCAGAAAUUGUGCAUCCAAAGUUUUAGGUGGUCGUAGCAGUUUAUUGUGUGGUCAUUUUUCUUUACUGAAAGGAUUCUGAACGCAGCCUAACAAGGCACAAAUUCCGCCUGACAGAUAAAACUCGGGGAAGAAAAAUCACAUCUUAGCACAACAGACCCCGGAAAAGGGAAGCGGAAAAUGAGCCAAAUGUUAAACAAAAGUGAAGUUAGAGGAGUACAGAAUACCUGGAAUAAACUUAGACGUAAACAACCAUAUGCUUACGAAGAAAAUACCUUAUAAAUGCAGCAUUUACGAGUCAUUACUCGCGUCGAAACGUGGCAUUUAAUGUAAAGCUCACAGUAUAGGCAGCUAGUCGUUAGCUCAAUUUGACAACAAGACGCUGCAACGCCCCUGAAACUAAUGACAAGAAAGUAUUUAAAGAGCAGUUUGUGAUGAUACUUAAGGUGUCCUCCAGUUUGUGCCACAUCGACCCGUAUUGUACAGCUUCCAUGUGGCCGUGCUCCUUUUUUGUUUAGUGAACAAAUCUGGAUCGAUGCCCAGUCCUGAUCCUCCCUCUCUCCUGGGCUCUGUGUGAAAUGACCUGACUCCGAGUUCACUGGUUCCAGCAGCAGAUGACAAUGGCCAGAAUAGCCUGGUACCAAGAGAAGAUCGGGGCCUAUGAUCAACAAGUCUGGGAGAAAUCUCUGGAGAAGGCAGAUCUAAAUGGUUUAGACAGCAAACCAAAGAGGACGGGCUACAUCAAGCCAGACCUCAUCGAUGUCGACUUAGUAAGAGGCUCCACAUUCAGCAAAGCCAAACCAGAGAGUCCCUGGACGGCUCUGACUCGAAAGGGUCUGGUCAGAGUGCUGCUUUUCCCGUUCUUCUUCAAGUGGUGGAUCCAGGUGACCUCCAAGUCCAUCUCCUCAUGUAUCCUUGUGCUCUACUUCAUGCAAGUGGCAGCGGUGGUGCUGUACUUGGAGGUCCCCGGGGCGAGUGCCAGCGAGGUGUUUGGACCCAUGUGUCUGAUGCUGCUGCUGGGCACCGUGCACUGCCAGAUUGUGUCGACCGAGUGCAGCCGGUGGCCCUCGGGCAGUCCAGCUGCCAGCAGCACCACCAGCCCUGCGCGCAGAAGGAGGCCGAGGAAGGGCAGAGGGCUGAAAAAAUCUGAAGAAAAGAAUGACAGCGGGGACACAGAACAGCGGGAGCCCUGGCAGUUUGAAGAAAGCCAGCGAUUAUACAGAAACGAGGAGAGGAGGAACAAAAGAAAGUCAGGUUUUGGAGCAUCUGACGAGCUCUCCAGUGAGGAAGAGGAGGGGCAACAAUCCGUUGAAAAGAUUCGCCCACCACCUCAUCAGGAAAGACACCCUGCUACAACUUCAUCUACACUCACAUCUUCUGUGAGAAAGAGAAACGUAAAGUCUAACCCCAAACCUACAGUAAGACCUCAGGAAGGGAGUGGAGCCUCCAUCAAAGUGAAGCCUCGGGAGGUGGAGCGCCUCAGGCCGAGCGUGGGCUCUCGUCCCGCCUCUGACACCGAUGACACAAUGUGGGAGGAGCUUCUCCAAGGGCCUGACUCUGCCUCCACGGGGAGCAGUGACAGUGAGGGGAACGGGAGGUACAACGCUGGCUUGGUACUCCCACAAAACACCACUCUGAGCAGCGAUGAUGAUAGUCUACAGCAGGGAAUCACCGGAAACCAGCUGUCUUGGCUUCAGGCGUGUCACCCAUCCAAGGACCGAGUCAGUGCCAUAAUAUGGGAGCAGGGCGAGUGUAAGAAAGCAGACAUGUCCGUAUUGGAGAUCAGCGGGAUCAUUCUCACACGGGUGAAGUUAGUGGAGCAGGGUAUGGGUUACCUCGUCCUCGGUGGGCUCAUGACUGCCACUCUGGCACUACUCCCCUUUGCCUUCCGCGUGGCUCAGCAUCUGGACAUGUCGAGCCUCGGCUCUGUUUCCCUGGCAGAGCUUUUACAAAUGGCGGUGGGGCUGCCCGAUACCCAGGCCUACGCCUUUUUCUUCAUCACAACAGUGCAAAGAGUCUGCCUCACUGGGCUGUUUUUCUUCAUGAUGUGUGUGGCUGAGAGAACGUACAAGCAGAGGCUUUUGUUUGCUAAGUACUUCAGCCACCUCACUUCGGCUCGCAAGGCCAAGAAAUCUGAGAUCCCACAUUUCAGGCUGAAGAAAGUCCAGAACAUAAAGAUGUGGUUGUCACUACGCUCUUUUCUCAGGAGACGAGGGCCGCAGCGCUCCGUUGACGUCAUUGUCUCCACUAUCUUCCUUUUGGCACUUUCCAUUUCAUUCAUCAUCUGUGCCCAGCUUCUGCACAGCCACAAGACAUUCCUUGAGUCUCUGACAAACUGGGAGCUGAUGGUGUGGGGCUCCUCCCUUAUCCUCUUUCUGUUGCGGCUGGCCACGCUGGGCUCAGAGACCAACUGCAAAUAUAGCAACUCCUCAGUGCUGCUCACUGAGCAGAUCAAUUUAUAUCUCAAGAUGGAGAAAAAGCCCAAUAAGAAAGAAGAACUCAGUAUUGUGAACAAUGUUUUGAAACUAGCUACAAAGCUGAUGAAGGAGUUGGAUACUCCAUUCAGACUGCUGGGUCUGACAGUGAAUCCUCUGAUCUACAACAUCACCAGAGUGGUCAUCCUGUCUGCUGUGUCUGCUGUGGUCAGCGACCUGCUCGGCUUCAACAUCAGACUGUGGAAAAUCAAGCCUUAAUGUGAAAACAGCAAAUCACUAAAAGUCGGACACUGGAGUCCAGAAAUCCCACUGUCUGCUGCAGACGGCCUCACAUCUACGAAAGAGUGUGCAAACCUACUGACAGUAUAUCCAUUGUCUGUGCCUUCCAACUGAAACUUGUGUCUCAGUUUCGUCGGUCAUUCACAAGCCUGGGAUGCUCUGACAGUCGCUCACGCACCAUUACUGGCUGCUGAGCUGGUGAGGCAACUGGCAACACAGAGUUUCCAUCAGCUUACCCAGUGCCUGACCUUCGACCCUUGAAUGUUCCUCAGUAUGUGGUUAAAUAUAGCAGUGAGUUGAUGUCUGAGAUCAUUUCAGGCUUCUGUUGCUUCUGUAUUUCUGAUUUUGUGUCUUGUACAAAUGUGUGGACACAAAAUGAAAUGUAGAUAAAAAUGUAGUUAGUUUGUUUAGUCUUAAUCACUAAUGUUUCUCAUCAGUAUAAUAGAUCCGUUUACUCUAAAAUAAGCUGUGUGCUAUCUAAAGCCAGUGAAUCAGAAUUGGUGGCCAGCUGUACUAAAUGAAUUUUCAUAGGAAUCAACUUUGAUUUCAACCUUUUGUACUAUUUAAUGAGGAAAUAUUGUGGCUGUAAGUUGGCUUUAUUUAUUUUAGCACUUAAACUUGUAAUGGUACCUGUAAGUUACGACUCUUUGACCACUAUCUGCCUUUUGUAUUGAGGACCAUCGUUGAAUAAAAUAACUAUGCAAAGAGGGUAUAGUUAUGCUUAAAGAAAAUGUUUGAUGGAGGUGAAUAAAAUCUUUUUCAUCCGUG